AUGAAUAGUAUACUCUACGAGUGUCUGUCAGUGCUUGAUUUUAUAACGGUUUCUUUUGGUCCUACAGUUUCAAAAUAUGUUUUUUCAAAUGUUAAUUAUGAUGAAAAGGCACUAAAAUUUAAAAUGGAAGCGAAUGAUUUCGUAACACGUUUCAAAGCAAACGGCAACGAAAAAGAUUUAUGUGAUUUGCAUCAAGUGUAUGAAGAUUACAAAGUUAUAUUGACCAAAUUAUCAAUCAAAGCUAAAGAGGCUUUUGCUUUAAAUAUUCUUUGUAUAAUAUGCAGGCAAGUACCUAUGAAAUGGAAUAUUUUAUGA